AGAUCAACCAAACCCAUAAAUAUCAGACGCAAAGAGAAGCAAGUGAAAUCUCCGUCUUCUAUCCUAAAUACAGAUUCAUUCAAACAGAUGAAUAUGAAGACGCUGGCGUUAUUCUCACUCAGCCUGGCAGUGGCUCUGGGAAUGUCACCACUUGCUCCUGGUGUGGAACAAAGCCCCGAGUUGAGUCCUGUGCUGGGAGACCUGCUUCCUGUGCAGGGUCAUGUGGUGGUGGAGGAACCUGCGCCACAAGUCAGGCCAGGAUCCGAGGAGAAGAAGGAAGAAUUGUCUCCGAAGCACAGUGGGGAAGUACUAGAGAUCCGGGAAAAGCCACAAGUUGGCGAGGAGCCAGGCGGCGAAGUAAGCGCAGAGAUUAAGAAAGAACCAGAUGUCGAAGCGGGGCCAGAUGUGAAGGAGGAUCUAGAGGCUGAGGUGGAGCCAGAAGUUCAUCUGAAUCCAGAGGUUAUGGUUAAAGUAAACGCCGAUGCAGAGCCGGAGGUUGAGAUGGCGCUGAUUGACCUUGAAGGGAAGCUUGAAACGGGCCAGGAUUUAGAAGAGAGGCACAUUGACAUGGAGGGAAAAUAUGGAAUGGGUGAGCCAAUCAUGGAGCUGGAACCACUGGAGGAAGACAGCAUGCAGUUUUCACAAGUGGAAAACCUUUUGAUGGCAGCGUUUCAGAAUCACAAUUCGGUCAGUCUCCCUCUCGCAAAUAGGAGUGAUAUUGAUUACGAAGAACCAAUCAUGGAGCUGGAGCCUGAAGAGGUCGGUCAGCAGGUCAUGCCACAGGCUAGUAUCGUGGAAGAAGGGGAGAAGCGGUCUUCAGUGGGUCUCCCAGAAAUGGAAGGUCACAAUAGUGUGGCAUUGAGAAAACAGCCAUUGAGGCAGGGAGUGAAAAACCCAGAAGAAACAAGACCAUCACCAAAUCAAGACAAUGAAGGGAAGAGCCAUUGUCCUGGUGUGCUGCUCCACGGGACGUGUUACCAGUUCUUCACGGGGCCAAAGACGGCCUCGGAUGCAGAGUUCUUCUGCCAGGAGCAUUUCGCCGCGGGACACCUGGCCUCCAUCACCAGCCAACGCAUCCACAGAGAGGUGAUGAACAUGAUGCUGCAGCAAAACGGAUUCCUCACUCGCACCUGGAUCGGAGGAUUACGAUAUUUAAAGACCGGCCGCUUUAUCUGGUUGGACGGAUCCCACUGGAGCUACGCUGACUGGCUGUGGGGGGAGCCCAAUAACACGUCGAAUCUUGAGGACUGUGUGGAAGUGCUGCCACGAGGGAAGUUCAAUGACUUCACAUGCUGGGAAGCUCAGCCAUUUAUCUGCUCCUACCCCUUUCAGUGAGUUGGCUGCUCAUUUGUGCAAUUUGAUGCAUGAUUGGCUGAAGGAAUUAAACAUAAAACAUUUUAUUCAAUUCAACGGGAAGAUCAGAACAACUAUAUAUCCUGUAAAUAAAAAAUUACUUCUAUUUA